UUCCCCACCAAACACUCCCAGCCCAGCCCACCGCAACGCAACGCAUCACCUACUACUGUCCGCGUACGACACGACCACAUCAAUCCGAAAGCCGACAUCCCUCUUGGCCUCACCUUGUUUUGUCCGGUUCAUGUGUAAUCCCUUUCGAGGGACGCCGACCUGCCCGUGCCCGUGCCCGUGCCCGUGCCCGUCAUGUCCACGUCCGGCCUGGUCAUGUCGACGCGCAAGCGAGCGCUGUCACAGCGCAUCCCACUCGCCAUAUCGACGCACUUCCCCGAUAUCUCGACGUUGAUGAACAGCCUGGCGAGCGGGCUCACCACGGCAACCACCAGCUUCCCGCUACCCAACGACCAGGGUGAGAUAUCAUGUUGGCUACUCGACACAAGGACUCUGUGGCCCGGCACCAACAUAUGGUCUGCUACGGGAGCUUCAGAGGCAAUGGCCCUGGUCUCGCAGGCAGAGCAGAAGGCAAUCUCGAGUAAGAUGUUUAUCCAGGAUGCGAGAAUGAGUUUGGGCUCUGCAUUACUUAAGCGCUUGUUCAUAUCCAAGACGCUGGACAUUCCAUGGAAAGAUGUAGGACUCGCGAGGAAGGGAGACCCCAAGCAUGGAAAGCCGUGUGCAGUCGACGCUGUGGGAAGACCGAUUGAAGGCAUUGACUUCAAUGUGUCGCAUCAGAAUGGCUUGGUUGCUCUGAUUGGCUGGAAUGGCAAGAAGAGGCAUAAAUACCUGCCGAACGGCGGCAUUGAAGGAACAAUAUCACCCAUGGCCAAUUUUGAGCCGGAUGUCAUGGUUGGCGUUGACAUUGUGUGCGUAAACGAGCGGGACGACUACCGGACAAUCGAUGCAGAGGGCCUUGAUGGAUGGGUAGACAUCUACGACUUUGUCUUCAGCGAUGAGGAGCGGUGGAGCAUGAAGUACGAUGUGGAUUAUGUCACUCUUCUGGACGGAACCAUCUUGAACAGAGAUGAAAUCGGUCGCCACGACAGGUGCAUUCAGCGAAAUAUGCAAAUCUCUCUCACCACUCCUGCUGGACGUGACGUGACAUUCAACUCCGAUCAGCUUAUCGAGGCCAAGCUACGACGCUUUUAUACCUUCUUUUGCUAUAAGGAAGCCUACAUCAAGCUUGCUGGCGAGGCAUUGCUUGCACCAUGGCUCAAGCAACUUGAGUUCUUUAACGUACGAUCACCCAAGCCAGGAAGUCCAGCUCGAUGCAGCACCAUUGGCCAAUGGGGAGAGGAAGUCGACGAUGUAGAAGUCCACAUGAACGGGCAAGAAGUGUCCGACGUGAGGAUGAAGAUUCAGUCCUACGAAGAGAGCUUCAUGGUCUCAACAGCCAUCCAAGGAGAAGUCCAAAACCUCAAGAUACCCAGCUUUAAGAAGUUGGACUUGCGCGCAGACGUUCUGGCCUACGCGCACAAACAUUUGAACGUCUCACCUUCGGACUAUAGGUGAGCCCAUCCGCGAGACCAGCGCUCCGUAGCGCUUGGUGAAGAAGAUAUCAAACCUCGCGCUUACACGACGAGCAGAGUAAGCAGCCCGACUCAAGCUCGGCUGUGACCGUACCACAGCUGCGACGAUACAUCAGCUGAUGCAUCGUAUGGACACGAUGUGAAACAGAGGCUGGUGCCACGACCAUGUUCUGCAUAUCUGCUUUCAUCAGCAUGAAGCAGUUCUUGAAACGGCACGCCUGGCUCGUUAGUGGGCUAGCGAGGGCUAGCCAUCGGAGUUCGCUUCCGGGCAAUAAAGGUUAAUCGCACUGUCCAACACCGUCUGCUUUCCCGCGUCUCUUCCAAGACGGGUAUGUUGACGACUUGCGCCGAAAUAUAUCGAGAGAAAUGCAUCCAAGACGUGGAGCAUGGAAUACAACAUGGACAGUUGCACGCCGGCCACAGUGACAGCAGCGAACUUGCAGUCUCUAGAUCACCGGGAGGUUUUGAGAUCCUUUUGACGACCCUGGACGGUUCUGGGCUUCAGAGAGGAGUUUUGUUGAAUUUUCCAGCAUUUGAAUGGGAGCGGAGUGGCGUUGGGAUGGAUUUAGGCCAUGGCAUGAAGCGGGACACGCACACGUUACAUCUUCGAUACGUUUGUCAUUUGCAUCAUCAGCAUCAUUGAUGAGCGUCACCCUCUAGGAUAAUGCCUAAUCGUGUAGCAGCAAGGCAUUGAGGAGAUUCCGAAUCUACUACUGCAUGCAUGUAGCCUGUCGGAAGUAAUGUAGAAACCACCAUUUCAACCACAG